UUCGUCAGGUCUGACCCUACCCGCCCCUUACUACCAGCCGGAGGAGGAUGACGAGCGCCCCUUCAUCUGGUCUCUGGCCCAGGAUAACGGGAUCAUGUCGUGUGGUGACGUUCCCGGCCCGGAGGGAGGGGGGAAGGACCUGCUGUCUGGACAGGGAGGAUUGCCUACCACCGCCAGUCCCUGGGGCUCAUCCCCGAACACUAGUCACAGUUCCGCCAGUGCAGUGGGUCUCUGUAUCAACUGGAACCAGUACUAUACUAGAUGUCAUACUGGACAUAAUAAUCCACAAGGGGCGAUCAACUUCGAUAACAUCGUAUACGCCUGGAUUGUUAUCUUCCAGGUGAUCACCCUGGAAGGCUGGGUAGAGAUCAUGUACUAUGUAAUGGAUGCUCACUCCUUCUACAACUUCAUCUACUUCAUCUUCCUCAUCAUCAUUGGCUCGUUCUUCAUGAUCAACCUGUGUCUGGUGGUCAUCGCCACCCAGUUCAGUGAGACCAAGCAGCGAGAGCACCAGCUGAUGCAGGAGCAGCGGGCCCAGUGCCUGUCCUCCUCUACCCUGGCCAGCCUGCAUGAACCGGGGGACUGCUACGAAGAGCUCUUCCAGCUGGUCUGCCACAUGCUGCGCAAGGCCCGCAGGAGGUCUGUAGCCCUGUAUAACCAACUGAGAGGAAGGCCUCUGCCACCACCGCCCACUAGAGGGAGAGGAAGAGGAGGAGGAAGAGGAGGAGGGAGUGCGAACGGAGGGGAAAGGCAUCACCUGAGGCAGCCACGCCAAUCUCCCUGUCCUCACCAAAGCAAGCUGGACCCAGUCCACAGCUCCCAACCCCUGGGCAACUCCAUCGCCCUGGCCGUCCCUCAAAACACAGAGGACUGCCCUCAGUGCGCUGCGGCACUGUCACUCAGGCAGGGGGCGGGAGCUGUGGGCGACUCGGCCAAUGGGGAGGAGGAGGAGGGGGCUGUGGAGGAGACGGACAGGGAGGAGAACCACUUGGAGGAGAAAGCGGAAGAGGGGGAGGGAGUGAAGAAGAAGAGGAAGAGGAGGUCGUGUUUUGGACACUGUAAGGACAUGUGGGAUGAGAUGAGGAAGAAACUUUGGGGCAUCGUGGAGAGCAAAUACUUCAAUAGAGGAAUCAUGAUCGCUAUUCUCAUCAAUACUAUCAGCAUGGGGAUAGAACAUCACAACCAGGUAAAUAUACUAUUCUCAUCAAUACUAUCAAUUUUUGACAUAUCUCUGUCCUAUUCCAGUAUCCUGGGGAUGCACAUCUUUGGCUGUAAGUUCAGUCUGAAGACAGACACUGGAGACACUGUUCCUGACAGGAAGAACUUUGACUCUCUACUGUGGGCCAUUGUCACUGUGUUUCAGAUUCUGACUCAGGAAGACUGGAACAUGGUGCUGUAUAAUGGAAUGGCCUCCACCUCUCCCUGUGCUGCUCUCUACUUUGUGGCUCUAAUGACCUUUGGCAACUACGUCCUCUUCAACCUGCUGGUGGCCAUCUUGGUAGAGGGCUUUCAGGCUGAGGGGGAUGCCAACCGGUCGUACUCCGAAGACGACAGGUCCUCAUGUAACUUUGACGAGAACUCUGACAAGCUGAAGGACUCUCUUCAUCUCUCUGACCCUAAGCUCUGCACCCUAACCCCAAACGGUCACCUGGACCUGUCCCCAACGCCCACGGGUCUGUACACGGCCGACAGGCUCACUUUCGCUCUGGGCUCACGCAAAAACAGUGUCAUCUCUCUGGGCAGGGCUAACCUGGAGGGCAGGGUUAACCUGGAGGGCAGGGCUCUGUCACUGCAAAUGGCUGGUGUCGGGGGGAGCAGCUCCCUGUACCACAACUGGGGCCGCCCUGCCUCCCAGACCCAGGCAAUGUGGGGCCGGCGGUCCAGCUGGAACAGCCUGGGUCGCCCCUCCCGAGCCUUGGGCCUGGGAUUGGGGGUAGGAGGAGGGGGUAGCCUGCGCUCCCGCAGCCCCCACGCCACCCACCCGGCCGAGCAGGAGUCCCUCCUCUCCCCCACUCACCCUCCUCCACACCUCACCCACCUUCCUCCCCUCCUGGCCCUAAACUUUGUCCCGCGGCGGGACCGCCGGGCGCUGUCCUUGGAGCUGCCGGAGCUCCUCCAGGUCCCGGGGACCCCCCUGGCGUCAAUGCUGCCUUACCCCAGGAAGAAGAGCUUCUCCAGUGGGUUGGUUGGUGGAGGGCCUGGGGGGGAGCACCAGGACUGCAAUGGGAAGGCCCCAUCAGCCCAGCUCCAGCUUCAACUUCAGCUACCGCCACAUCCACAUCCACAUCCACAGCUACUGACAGAGGUGUUCCCUCAGGUCAACACACGCAAGGACAGAGAGGACCUGGACGAUGACAUCGACUAUAGUCUGUGUUUCCGUAUCCAGAAGAUGAUGGAGGUGUACAGGCCAGAGUGGUGUGAGACCAGAGAGGACUGGUCUGUCUUCCUCUUCUCUCCUCAGAACAGGUUCAGGCGGGUAUGCCAGUCCAUCAUAGCCUACAAGAUGUUUGACUAUGUGGUGCUAGCGUUCAUCUUCUCCAACUGCAUCACCGUGGCUCUGGAGAGACCCAAGAUCAUGCAGGGCAGCCUGGAAAGAGUCUUCCUAACCAUCUCCAACUACGUCUUCACAGCCAUCUUUGUAGCAGAGAUGACGCUCAAGGUGGUGUCUAUGGGCCUGUAUAUAGGGGAACAGGCAUAUCUGAAAAGCAGCUGGAACGUGUUGGACGGCUUCCUGGUCUUUGUGUCGUUGAUUGACAUUGUGGUGUCAAUGGCGGGCGGGGCUAAGAUUCUGGGUGUGCUGAGAGUUCUCAGAUUGCUACGCACACUGCGCCCCCUCAGGGUGAUCAGUCGAGCCCCGGGUCUGAAGCUGGUAGUGGAGACUCUAAUAACGUCUCUGAAACCUAUAGGAAACAUUGUCCUUAUCUGCUGUGCUUUCUUCAUCAUAUUUGGUAUCCUGGGGGUGCAGCUGUUCAAAGGGAAGUUCUUCUACUGCUUUGGCCCCGACGUCAAGAACAUCACCAACAAGUCUGACUGUCUGCAGGCCAACUACAAAUGGGUUCAUCACAAGUACAACUUUGACAACCUGGGACAGGCUCUGAUGUCCCUGUUUGUGCUGGCUUCAAAGGACGGUUGGGUCAACAUCAUGUACCAUGGCCUGGAUGCUGUAGGGGUGGACCAACAGCCAGUGAUCAACAACAGUCCAUGGAUGCUCCUCUACUUCAUCUCCUUCCUCCCUCAUCGUCAGUUUCUCGUUCUGAACAUGUUUGUGGGCGUGGUAGUGGAGAACUUCCACAAGUGCCGUCAGAACCAGGAAGUGGAAGAGGCUAAAAGGAGAGAGGAUAAACGACGGAGACGCAUGGAAAGAAGAGGAGGGGUAAGGGAGAGACAGGAAGAAGAGGCCCAGAAGAUCCCCUACUAUGCCAGCUACAGCCCCCUCCGCCUGUGGAUCCACACUCUGUGUACCACCUACUACCUGGACCUCUUCAUCACCUUCAUCAUCUGUAUCAACGUCAUCACCAUGUCACUGGAACACUACAGCCAGCCACGAUCUCUGGAUCUAGUGUUGAAGUACUGUAACUAUUUCUUCACAUCCACCUUUGUACUGGAGACCCUCCUGAAGCUCACCGCCUUUGGCUUCCGACGCUUCUUUAAAGACAGGUAG